CUCCCCCCGGGCCGUGUCAGGCGUGGGGCGCGCGACCCGCCGGGCGGGCCGGGCAGGAGCCUCCGCAGCCGCCGCAGCCGCCGCCGGGCGGGCGCGCUCGCCCAGCAGCGGGAGCGCAGCUCGCCUGUCCGCCCGGGCCGCCGCCGCCUCUCCUGCCCCCGCCCGGCUCCGCCAUGGCCGAGACCGAGGAGCGGAGCCUGGACGACUUCUUCGCCAAGCGGGACAAGAAGAAGCGGAAGGAGAAGAGCAGCCGCAGCGCCGCCGCCGCCGCCUCCAGCGCUUCCAACGCCGCCUCCAACGCCGCGGGCGCGGCCGCGGGGACCCCCCGCCCUGCUGAGGGCGGCGGCUCUGGGGCCACCGCCGCCUCCAGCGCCGCCGGCGGCUCCUCGGCCAAGGCGGCGAGCAAGGAAGAGGAUGAUUGGAAGGAGUUUGAGCAAAAGGAAGAAAUUGAUUAUAGUGGUCUUAGAGUUCAAUCCAUGCAAAUAAGUGAAAAGGAAGAUGACGAAAGUGAAAAAAGAGAAGAACCUGGUGACAAUUGGGAAGAGACUGGUGGUGGUGGUGUAGAUAGAUCAUCUGGUCCUUGGAACAAGUCAGCUCCUGCACCAGCACCUGUCAUUGAACCAAUUGUUACAGAAGCUCCAGAACCAGUUCAGACUGGUGGUGUAUACAGGCCGCCCGGUGCCCGGGAGGGUGGCAGGCCACGGAGAGCACAGCAAGGACCACCAGAAAUCUAUAGUGAUACGCAGUUCCCAUCACUGCAGUCCACCGCCAAGCUUGUAGACAGUCGAAAGGAUAAAGAAAUGGAGAAGAGCUUUGAAGUAGUAAAAUACAAAACUAGAGAGCUGUGUCCUGGCUGCAUUGACCAAGGAAUGGGAAGGGACGGGUGGCAGAGGGACAAAGUCUUCAGCGCUGGUCACUGGAGUCCACAGUACUACCACAACUUCUCCGAGGAGGAGGGGGAACAAAAUGGUGCCGCUUUGGGGUGCGCUCACCUUUUCUCCCCCCAAAGCCAUGCCCCCCAAUGGUGAUGUGGGUGGUACAGAAUAGCCCACCCAGCUCUAAGCUCCGCCCCCUUCCUGCAGCCAGGACACCUUUAUUUGAGGUUUUUGGGCAUGAAUUCUGGCAGUUCAAGAAAACCCUGUAAAAGUCUCAAAUCAAAUAAAAUGAAAAUAUACAUGGAUUCUGGAGUCUAAUGAGUCUUUACGUUUUAGUUUGACAUCAUGACCAUACAGUAGGUGAGGAAAGGCAGAGCAUUUGGAUCUCUUAAGGGACAGGCCAUGGAGUGGGCAGUCAGCCUUAUGGUCAGGUGGGCUCUGUUUCAGAGCUUAUAGCAGUGCAUAUUAAUACGACUUUUAUUUAUACAUAGAAGUUUAGUUUGCUACUUGUCACAGUGUCUUCUUACUCCAUCACCAUGUAGGUCUGGUCUGAGAUUGUGAAUUGAAUAUGACUGAAGCUUUGAUUUGCUUUUCACUUGGAAGUACCUCCGCUAAAUUAAAGACUGGGGAAAAAAACCCAGCCUCUGGAUGGUUGCUGUCACUAGAGUCCAUCAGGUACUGAUAACUAAACUGAUAACUAACUAUUUUGGAGAUUUCUCUCAAACAUAUCAUUCCAGUUUCUUUCUGGAGUUAACAAAGAAAAAAAAACAGAAACGUAGCAGAUUUCCAUAGUACAGAAUGUUAAACUGUUUUGAAGUGUUCCUUGUGUUAAUUAUCGCUGCCAGCAACUAUCAAAAUGCCAGUUGUCAGUAUCUUCCUUAUACCAAGUAAUUGUUCUGCAUGCCUGAAAUUUUGAAAGUCAGUCUUCUGUGGAAGCUUGGUACACUUCUGAGAUUCUGAAGUCCAACUUUAUCUGGUUUGUUGUUGCAUUCAUUCGAGGCAUGCUAAGAAUGCCCUUUUCAUUCCUCCAAAAUGCUGGUUGAAGGCUCAUUCCACAAAUGAAGGGUUGUCAGUUGUAGAAAUGAGAUUCUUGAUGCCAGUCAGUAAAAUGCAGUUCUGUGCUGCUUCAGGAACUCCCUAGCCUGUGGCAUGCUUUCAUUAUAGGUUACUUGUUAACUUCCAGUUUAAAGGUUCCAUUUUACUUCCUCUGGCUUAAAAUAAAAGUACAGCCAUAAAGUUACCAACUUGCUAGUGAAAUAUUUAAAUGUCCAGUGCUUACUGGGAAAGGAACAAUUUGGAUUUGUGGUUCUCAGUGAUACAGUUUGGAUUUAAGGAUGUUAAAAUGCCAAAAAAUAGAUAAUUUUAAUACAGUUGGACUUCCCAAAUGCCUGCUCUAGGAAUCUGGCAUCUCUAUUUACUUGAGCUGAUGAUAAAUGUAGGAGAGGAUUAGUUUUGCCCCACCUCACCUGUCCUGGUUUAGCUGUGCCGGGUUUAAUCUUAUUCACAAAUGAAGAGGAACUGACAACCAAAAGUAACUGUCUCCUGUUACUUCAGUUUUGUAUUUGUAGCUUUACCAGUCAUGGCCACAGCACCUCUCACAAAUAGGUGAAUUUGUAAGGAUACAAACUGUGUUAGAGGCCUGACACCCCAGGGACUGGAGAUUUGGUGCUUGACUGCCUCUGUCAGCUCUUGGAAAUGCACCACACCAUGGCUGAGACACCUGUACUGUUCAGCUCAGGUAAACAAUAUAAAUUUGAUUGGGCUGCACAUUUUGGAGUUCACUUAUCUGAGAUUUUGCAAUAGUAGCUUCUUGUCUUUCUAAUUUCUAGAUAAGAAAAUCUAAUUUCUGCCUGGUUAAGCAGUUUUAAAUUUACUUGUGGCUUUCUGUCAAAUACCCUAACUAAAAUGGAGCAGAUUAUUAGACUAACAGGGCUUCAUAUGCUUUAAAGGUUGCUUAUUUACAAGGUAGUAAUAUUACUCCAAUAUUGACAUGGCCAGAGAAAUGGAUACCUCAUUUCAUAUGAUCAAUUUGUUUCUGAGGCCCAAGAAACUAAAUUUUACCAAAACCACUUUGAAUACUUCGAAAUCUUUAUUAACAACCACAAUCCAGGCUUUUUUGCCUGACUAUAACUUAGUUCCCAAAUUGUCUCUCCCUGUUUUCAGCUUUUAAAUCACAAAUUGGUUUUAAUGGUAAAUAGAGGGUUUUAUUUGAGAGUAUAAGAAAAUAAUAACAUGCUUAUUUAAACUUAAGAUAUGUGAAUUAGAUGUGUACAAAGGAGAGGAAAUCUGACAUAUACUUGCAGAUGUCUUCAGAAAAAGUUAAAGAGACAGCUUGUCUGUAUUGAGGCUAAUAUGAGAGCCUAUAAGCUCUAGCAGAUGGAAGAAGAAAUGACAGCAGAAAACAGAACUGAGGGGUCUAAGUCAUAACUAUCACGUAUCUAAAGUUUGGCUUCUGAAGCACCAAGUGUAGUUCUACCAUGUCUUUGAAGUGAAAUAGAGCAGGAAGGAAGAUUAAAAAAUUAGUAAAUUAGGGAGAGUAGUAAUGAUGCAAAUAAAACACAGGCGGUAUAAGAAGAGAGGGAUUAGGAAGGCUGUUUUCUAAAUGAUAGUAUUAAAUGUAUAACCUGAGGUAGGGAGUGGAGUGUAAGAUGUUGGAUAGGAGAAGUGCUGUGUGGGUAGGCACUGAUUUCACAAGUGACAGAUCCAUCUGACUUUAAAUCAGCAAAAAUGUUUAAAUUUCAGUACUUGGGGAAGGCAUCCUGUUUUAUUUCUUCCUUUCAAAGAAAAGAACUGGGAAAAGCUGUCCAGAGAGAAGGUAGAAUUUUGCAUUGGUACAAAGCUGUCUGAUCUGUUGUCUAAAGAGAGAACCGAGAAAGGACAAAUUCCAAGAUAGUCCAACAAUCUUAUUAGGAAAUAACUUGUGUAUUUAAGAAAAUUAGUUUUCACUUCUGCAUGAUAAAAAGCUGAGAUAUUGUUUCAAACAGCAUCUUCUAAAUGGUACGUAUAUCACGGGUUUAUGUUCAGUUGCUUAGAAUAUAUGUUUAUACAGCAAGGUUAAUGAAGUUCAGUGUUCAGUAAAGUUCUUCUUAGCCAGAAUGCAAAUAUUAAAAAUGUAUCACAGUAUUAAUGAAUCACAAGAAAAAGUAGCUCGUCUGGAAUAUUGGAAUGGAAAGUAUCAUCUAAAACAACUGUGUGCACUGAAGAGAAACAAGCUGUUUUGUAGGAAGAGCAUGGGAAACCUGGGACCAAGAGAGUGGGAUUUGGCCUUGUUUUUCUACUGAGCUGCUAUGUUCAAGUAAUUUUUCACCUUGCCUCAGUUUCCCCAGCUGUACCAAAAAAACCCAACAACCUACCUCACAGGGGUGUUGUGAGGCCAAAGCUGUUUGUCAAGGGCUGGGGCUGAUGAAAGGUUCUACGGAGGACUAAAAAUCUUUAUUAAAAGAUCUUUAUAUUAGCUUUCAUUAUAGUAUUUUAAUACUUCUUUGGCAAAGGCUUAUUUCUAUAGAAUGUAAUAUACAUCCUAUUUAAAUAUAAUGUAAUUAGACUUAUUUUAGUAUGUAUGGGUAAGGGGACAGUUCAGGCUGAGUACUCUGUCUGGUAUUUCAUCUCUUCAAUUAUCUGUGCAACCCAAAUGGCAUAUUAAUAUGAGGCUCUUUGUUUUUAUGUGGAACAUACUGAAGUCAAUAUUGCUAUAUUUUGUAAACUCCAUGACUGAAAUAAAAUCCUGCUCACAGUUGAUAGCCAUCUCUUA